AUGGGGGUGGAUUCGAAGCAGGGGAUCUCGUGGGGUGUCUUGUUCGUGACGCUGACGCCAGCCACGAUAUGCUUUGCUCUGCGCAUGCAGAGCCGACGCCUGACAAGGGUCCGGUUAUGGUGGGACGACUACAUGGCUAUUGCGGGCUACUCCUGUUCAAUCGCAUGGCUCGUUCUCGUCCCAAUAUGGAUACACUAUGGUUUAGGCAUCCACAUACAAGAUGUCUCUGGCUAUGAUGUGGACCAGCUGCUCUUCGCAAACAAACUGAUCUUGUGGAUCGCCGAGUUCUUCUAUGCCUUCUCCUUGUACUUCGCCAAGACAUCCAUACUGUGCUUCUACUGGCGCAUCUUUGGUGUGUCGGCGAGGAUGAAGCUCGCGAUCAAGAUCCUCCUCGUGUGCGCAUUGAUAUGGAUCAUCAUCAGGACAUUCCUAGGCAUCUUUCAUUGCAUUCCCAUUCAGGCAUAUUGGGACCCGUCCGCCGGCGGGUACUGCGCGAUCGAGGACACAAAGUUCUUCUUUGGCAGCAUCCUAGUGCACGUGAUGAUGGACAUUGCCAUCAUCGUCCUGCCGGUGAUGCCCAUCAAGCACCUCACCCUGCCUAUGCGGCAGAGGGUUGCGAUCGCCGUUGUCUUCAUGUUCGGCUUCUUCAUCUGCUUUGCCGGCAUCAUGAUCAUAUACGAAUCGACAAAAUUCGACACCACCUCGAUUGAUCUCACGUGGAACAUUGAGCCCAUCGUGACAUGGGCAACGGUCGAGGUCAACAUGGUUGUCGUGUCGGCAUCACUGCCCACGAUCCGCCCAGCCCUCCUCUGGCUCAUCGGCCGCAGAUCUUCCAGCGCAGCUCCCAACUCCGACUCGGGCGGCCGCAAAUAUGCCGGCGGACACCACAGCCACUCAAACCGGCAAUGGGAAACGCUCAGCAACAGCAAAAGCCGCUCUCAGAUCCGCCGCGCGGGGUUCACAAAGUUCUCUUCGACGGCCGACGGCGGCGGCGUUGGCCCCAACACCCACAGUACCAAGCAUGCAGCAGGUCUCGACUCCAGCAAGCUUGCCGGAGGAACAAACGGUGCUGGACGAAACGGGGGCAGGUCACCAAUUGGGGACGGCGACUCCGAGUUCCAGCUCGUGGACAGCCCGCGAGGGAACAGCAGUGGCGAGUAUGAGCUUGGUGCGCUCGACGGGACGGAUUUCCGGACCGUGAUCAACGCGAACGGCGGGGAUGCGGCGAAGCGCGUGGGGAGCACGGAUCAGCUUCGAAAUGCGGCGCGGGGAGGACGACUCGGCCGGAGAGGGAGUGAGGCCAUACCUGGACACGGGAUUGUCGUGCAAAGUGAGACUUCGGUGCAUGUAGAGGAACGGCGGUGA